GUCCGGGUUCGGGUAAACGGAAUAAAAUAAGGACCCAUACCCGUUAAAAACAACCGGGUCCGGGUCUAGACCUGACCCAUUGACAGGCCUACGUGCAACACCUGCACGCCGACUGCGGACUCCGGCAAAAGGCUCUGACAUAUGACUCCAGCAACAAACGCCGACAAUGGCGUCGGUAAGCUCCAUGCUGCUCAUUCCCUCGCCACAGUGUCUCCCUUCAUCAACAAUCAUGAAUCCUAUCGAAGCCCAAAGAGUGAAAGAUAUGAAGAGGCAGAGGUCUUUGGCAGUUGUUACCAACUACCAAAUAAGAGAAUCAUUAGAGAAGAGAGGAAGAAGUCAUGGAUCUCAAAGAACAAAAAGAAAACUGAAAGAGAAAAAAGAAGAAAAGGAGAAGGAAAUACAAGGGAGGAAAUUGGUGAAAUUGGGGGGGGGGGGGGGGGGGGUAGUGGCAGUUGGUGAGAGUAGACGGAGAACUCACUGGAGAAUAUGGAUCUAGAGAGCAGAGAGACAAGAAAUUAAAAAACUGAACAAGGAGAAUGGAGGAAGAGAGGUAGGGAGGAAGGAAGGAGAGUCAAGAGAAGAAGAAAAAAGUUGCAGGUCGU